CACCACCACCACCACCACCACCAGCCCUUCCACCUUUACCAGCAAUUCCUCCACCAAUGUUAGUACCCCAAGAUGCAGCACCUCCUCCACGAGUCCAACAACAAGAAUUACUUCCAGGUUUUGUCCCAACAACGAAUGCAUUCACGAAAGAAAACCCAGAGGCAGUACCUCCACCGAAAUCGAAACCUAUCAUUCCACACCUCAAACACACUCCAAAACACCACGUGCAACCAAAAAAGCCACAUGUUCCAGCACAAAAGCCCUCUGGGGUGAUCACCCCCGAAGAUCGUGCUCAGUGGAGUAUCUUUGGGGAAUCUUUACCAUUGGCACCACAAGCAGAAAAUAAUCCUCCUCCCUUGCAGGUAAAAAUGAUUCAAACACUAUUUGAUCUUGUCCAGGCUUUCGGAAUAUAAUAAAUUUUCCCUCCUUGAAAGCCCUCACACAGUAAAUAUUAGUCUGUUCUUUAAAAUGUGAAUUAACAUGAUGCCCCAUAUAAAAAAUACUAAUGACGUAACGUUAACUCCAAUCAAUAUAUUUGAACGUGUACUUUUGUGGGCCUGGCGCCAACAAAGCAUAUCCAUAUAUCGGUUGGCGAAAACAGUUCUAGACCAAAAAACAACACCAUUGAAGCAUGUAAGGGGCAACAUGGGUGUUGGGUGUGGGCCUCGGCCCUUCCAGCUUAGUUUGCUUGUUUGCUGAAAACGCAUAAAUUUUCAUCUAUAGAAAACGAUUUUGCUCAGAAGUGGAAGGAAAUUAUCGUGAGGGAUAGUUAAUUUCAGUUUCUGACUUAAUCGACAUUCAUAUUUUCAUAUUUUAAAAAUAGGCGCCUCAAGUCGAACAACCACUAAUGCCAAUGACGGAACAAUUCACCCCCACUGGGAUGACCGAACAACCAAUAAAUCCCACACCACAAGAAACUCAAGCCGAGUUUUCUACACCAUCAGAAUCUAAUUCACAUGAUUUGCCAGGGCUUCGUCCAUUGGACAGUGAUUUAAUAAAGCAUGAGCACCAUGAAAAGAAGCCAGAACUUUCAGUGAAACCACCUGCCGUACAGAUGGAAACACAAUCUCCAACCCAUCUUCAGGCAGAUAUUUCUCCACCCCAGGCGUUUGCGGAACAACCAGCCGUGCCAGAAGUUCCGCCCCCUGCGCCAGCAGUUCCGCCCCCCGCGCCAGCAGUUCCGCCCCCCGCGCCAGCAGUUCCGCCUCCCGCGCCAGCAGUUCCGUUUUCCGCACCAGAUAUUCCGCCACCCGCGCCAGCGGUUCCGCCAGCAUCUCCUUCUUCCGCACAAAUGGAUUAUUCAAAUGAAAUGUUUCCAUCAAUGCAGCCAGAUGUUCCCAUGGUCCCAAUGCCCCCACCUCAAUUCUUUGCACCGAAUUUCAUCCCAUUAGCAUCGAUUCCACUUCCUGUGUUUUUACCAGGUAAAUAUGAUUUUUCCAUAAUGAUAAUGCUAAGAAAUGUGAUUCACCUUAUGCUAAGUACCUCUGCAAUCUGAGCUUCCUUGCAUAUUUCUGCACUUUCUCCAAGUUGAAAAGUGAACAGGUCUGUUAUAACUGUUAUAAAUGUACCUAUCUGUAUGAGCAUGUUUUCUGACUGUUUUUUUGAAACAUAAGUGAUUAUUCUUCAUGAGGUGUUCUUUAGAGUUCAGAAAGAUGUUUUUUCUAGUUUAUUUCGUCUUAUUUCCAUAAACAACUGGUCACAAAGCUUUAUUCAUAGAGAACAAAUAAACUUUGCAACGCAUGGGGGUUGAAAAUUGAAAUUACAUCUAUGGUUUAUAAUAUUUGGUAGUUAAAAUUUACAAUAAUAGUUAUAUAGUUAUUCAUAUACAUUUUAAAGUUUUUCAUAGUUAUUUGGUUAAUGUAUUAUGUACAUAUAUAAAUAUCUCCUAGUAUAGCGUAAGUUGAUUUAGAAGUGUCAGAUUAAAAAUUAAAGAUAAGCGUGAUAGGUCUACUAAGAGUUUCACCUGAAUUGAAAUAUCGCAAUCAUUAGAUGAAAGAAAAAUAGUUGUACAGACAGAUAGAUAGGUAGUUUAAUAAAUCAAAUAUCGCAGCCAAAAAAAGGCUGAAUUACAAAUGAUUUACAAAUGAUAUGAAGUAAAAUACUAAGUUCAUUAUUUACAGUUCAUUGUUGCUUAAUAUAUUACUACGCUAAAAACUACAACGUCACUUUCCAAUUCACGAAGCCAAAAAAUGGCUGAAUUACAAAUAAUUUACACUUGAUAUAAAAUUAUUUACAAUUCAUUGUUGCUUAAACUAUUACUACGCUAAAAACUACAACGUCACUAUAGUUAUGAGGGCCCAUGCCAUUACUGAACUUCGCAUGCGACUUGACCUUUACAAUACUAUCUUAACAGUAUUAUUUGACCUUAACCUCUCAUUUAUAGAUGAUACACCAGACGUCAGGUUGGCAAAGGAAAAGGAUUUUGAAACUCGUAGGUCGGCCAUUGCAGUAGAAAACAUUGAAAAAGCUAUCGGCUUAGACGAGAAAACAAUAGAAAGUCUCAUUGAUGAUGUGAAACAGGUAUCUGAACGUCAAGCAAUCCAGUAUGAGAAUGCCAUUUUGAAAGACAGAAAGGAGGAAGAAGAGGCUAAAGGAGAAAGGAAAGUGGAAACAGAAGACAAGUUAUUGCGAGAUGAAGAACUCGAGGGAAAAGCAAAAGAAACCGUGGAUCAAAUAAACCGUUUAGAGAAAGUAAUGACAGUAAUCGAGGUAGCGAAAUUUGAUGCAGGGAGAAGAGCAGGUCAACAACUACAGGCUGCCGAAGCUUGGAAAGAUAGAAUGAACGGUAGAGCUAAAAAAAGCAAGAUAAUGAAAGUUCCUGAAAAGAACUCGGUAAAGAAGACCACGCGUCAUAUUCUUGAAAAUAUCAUUAAAAAAGAGAAAUACCGUACGAACGCUAACAAGGGUAGCAAAAGAAAUGAAACACAAUCCAAUAAAUCACCCAUUCACAGUGUUGUUGAUAAAAAUACCAACGACUAUCGAAGUAAGCGAUCGUUUUCAAGUGAUUCAGACAGAAAAGACCUGCUUCGAAUAAAGUUUAAAAAAAUCGGAAAACUUGCUAAAGAAAUUUUAAAAAACAUUCAGAAAUAACUUAGAAAUAACUUUACACGUUCCAUUAAUCAUAAACGUUUUGUAAUAUAUGUAUGUAAAAUAUAAAUAAAAUAAACUGUAAAGUUUUACAAACCCUAAAAAGCCCUGAUGAUAUAAACCCUAUGUUUAUACUUAGAAAUAUAAAAUUACACACAAACUAGAAAUACAUGCGUGCAGAAACCCCUCGUCUUGCUUGCAAAACAACAACUAAC